AUGGCUACUUUUUCCGUAGAGAAAACUCCCGCCAGUUAUGAGCCGUACAUAUUUUCACUUUCGGACAAAUAUCGAGCGUUGGCACGACAGGAACUCGGUGAAGAUGACGACAUCCGAGAGCAAUCGUUGGCACACCUACGCCAGUGGAUUGCCAAGCAUCCCUACAUCCGAAAGUGCCGGACGGACCCCACCUUUUUGUUGCGGUUCCUAAGAUUCCGUAAGUUUUCUGUUCCGAUGGCUCAGGCUGCGAUUGAACGCUACCUAGCGAUGCGACAGACCUUUCCGGAUUGGUUCCAGAAAAUGGAUUCGGAUGAUCAGUUGAUACAGGAAGCCAUAGAUGACGAGGUGUUUAGUAUCAUGGGCCGCGAUGAGGUCGGCCGAACUGUCAUUUGGAUACGGUAUGGACGGUUUAAUGUGGAAAAACUAAACCCGGUUGCUAUGUUUCGCUUUACAAUGGUGUUUCUGGAAGCGUUGAUGGACGACGAAGAGAUACAGAUCGGAGGCUUCAGGGCUUGGGUAGAUUACACCGAAACUACAAUGAAACACUUCGGGAUGUGGGGUAUAUCGGACUUGAAACUACUAAUGGAUGCAAUCAAUAGGUCUCUGCCGAUGAGAAUACGAGAGGUGCAGGGAGCGAAACUACCAAAAUUUGCCAUCGCUAUCGCUAAUUUGGCACUGAGUUUCGCCACUCCGAAACUGAAGAACAGAGUAACGUGUAAUCGGACAGUGGAGGAAUCUAAGCAAUACUUCGACAAAUCAUUGUGGCCUCAGCAAUACGGAGGAACGCAUAACUCAACCGAUAUAGCACGCAACUUGAGAAAGCUCUUCGCUGAGAAACGUGCCGUAAUAUUAGCUUUGGAUGAUAUGGACAUCGAUAUUGCACAUUAUUCGACACUUUGGAAUCAGGCAAACGCUGCUCCGGGCAGCGAUAUCGAUGGAGGAAUUGCAGGCUGCUUCAGGAAGCUUAAUGUGGAUUGA